AUAACUUGGGCGGGACAAAUAUUUACAGUUGGAAAGCUCUUCAAGCAACUUCUGCUCAUUUUGUUUCUCCUAACAAAGCUUUUUAACCACUUCUUCAUGCUUGGUUUUCUCCGAUAAAGUAUACUUCCAUAACUUUUUAAGUGGACUAUCAGUAUCCUGUGUCACUAUGUCAGCAUUUGUUCUUGUAUUCUAGGUCUGCAAUGCGCAGAUCUUAUUGACGUAAACAUGAAAUGAACGAAGAUGUCUUGGACAAUUUGGGUAAAGAUUGGCUCCCUCAAUUUGAGUAACAACGAGCAAUAUGAGUUUGAGUGAAGGGGAGCAUAGAGAUUUGAAAGGGGUUUUACUCAAGUUUGAUUCUGAAAAGUUUCGAGCAAGGGCUGUAUAUGUUUGAUUCCUCAACUAAGGGGAGUCAUUCCCUCCUUAUGAGAUAAUAACAGUUCAGGUUUGAGAGGCCUAGUCAAAAUCUUUUUUUUAUUUUUUUUGGGUAAGCACCUAGUCAAAUAUUUCCCAUGCUGUAAACUGUAUUUUGACAGUAGAUCUAGGAAAGUACUGAAGAAUGCUUGAAUAAUACUCAAAAGGAAUAGCAGACGAAAGUAUGCUGACUAUGCUUUCUCUUAAUUUUGCUUGUACUUGCUAUUAAAAUUUCUUAAUAUUCGAUAGCAGUAACUGGGCACUGAUUAUCAUUCUUUCAUUUGGUGUCAGGAAGUGUUAUGAAUAGGAGGCUUGGUGCUAUGAUUUGAUUCUGUUCCCCGAUGCAUUCUAAAGAGCGAUCAUCAGAAAUGAAGAGAAUGUGUAGUUCAACCUCGGAUGUUGUCAGCGAUCUUCCUGAUAAUAUACUCGAAAAAAUCUUGGUACUUAUGCCCAUACGAGACGCUGUGAGGACAAGUGUUUUGUCAAAGAAAUGGAGGUAUACCUGGAGAACUAUUCCUGAACUUGUAUUUGAUGAUAAGUCACUAGUAGAGCCUUAUCCAAUUCUCUUUCGCCAAGGAUUUCCACCAGUCCAUCUCCCAACUAAAGACAGAUUUUUGGCUUCUAUAUACCAUGUUCUAUUAUUUCACCGCGGAGCAAUAUUCAAGUUCAUUCUCUCUAUAAGUAAGCUCGAAAGUUGUUCUGAAAUUGACUCACUGAUAACUUUUCUGUCGAGUGGUGGGAUCCAGGAACUGACCCUUCAAAUUUGGAAGGGCGGACCCCAUAAAUUGCCUCGAUCUCUGUUUUCUUGUCAACAACUGACACAGUUAAAUCUCAAAUAUUGUGUAUUUGGACCCCCAACAACUUUCAAGGGAUUUCAAAGGGUUGUUUGCUUGGAGCUUUGUGACGUCAUCAUCACUGCAGGCACCUUUCAAACUUUGGUUUCCAGUUGUCCACUCCUAGAACAGUUGAAAUUUGAAAGUUCUGCUUGUUUUGACUAUAUUGGAAUUGAUGCUCCUAAUCUCAAAGUCCUAAGCUUAACAGGGUUUUUCAAAUCUCUCAGUGUAAAAAAUGCACCUCAUCUUUCAGAUUUUUCACUGCACUCAAAAUGUUUGAAAAACUUAUGGGGAGUAAAAGAUAGACGACUUGAAUGGACCGGUCUUUUGGAUGGCCUACCUGUUCUUGAGAAUCUGCAUAUGGGCGGUCUUUAUGUGGUGUUCUUUGCUGCAGGCUGGAAGUUUAUAGGAAAGAGGCUUCUUAUGUUAAGGCCUCUUAAUGUUCUAGAGUUGUCUGAUGUUCUCCUUGGGACAGCAAUUGUUUUCCAGUUUAUUUGGUUGAUGAUAACCAACUCCCCAAAAUUACAGAGAUUAACAAUUCAGGCGAUUCCAUCCAGCAAAGAUGAUGAAGUAGCUGUUCUGAAAAUUUGUGAAGCGACUAUGGUCAGCUCGGAUUUCUAUCUGAAACAACUUCGAGAGGUGGAGAUGCGUUUUGUAUCUGGCACCACAUCUGAAUUACACAUCAUGAAGCUUCUGUUAGCCUAUUCCCCAAUAUUGGAGAUCAUGGUCGUGAAGCCACAUCCGGCUAAGGUUACCGAUGGAGGAUUGAGGAUCUUGAAAGAGCUGUCACAAUUUCAGCGUUUGUCUCCCAAGGCGAAAAUCACAUACAAACAUCGAAAUGUGCGAAACUAAAGGUUAGGUCAUGGAUGAAACGCAUUUUGGUCAUCUCAAUAUGUCCAUAUAACAACUAACUAGGAUACGUAGGUGUCAUAUGAAAUUCGUUGGAUUUGGUCAACUAGUCUCAAGUUAAAGUAACUAGCCAACUACUAUAAACGAUGCAAUUAGUUUUGAUGAGACUUUUACUUUUGUUUCCGUUUCUUUUUGCUAGAAAUUGCAAGAGUAGCGGCGUUUGGCAUUUCUUCCCUUUUGAGCAAAUCGACGCUUUAUGGAGAUGUGAGAUUCUUUCUUUUUUUCUUUGGUAGUAGUAGUAAAUAGAAGAGGCAUAUGGAAUUUAGCAGGAAAGAUCUAUCUCAUCUUUGCUUCUGCAUUUUUUUUGACAGCAUUUUGGUUUCACAUUUCAACUGUUCUAUUGCCAAGACUGCAUGCUGCCUUUGUUUCUGGAAGCCUGCCAAGGAUGCUCAAUUAUCCUUGUUCCAUGGUUUCAAUGAAUUUGAUAAGACUGGGAUUAUUAAAAUUUAUGCAAUUUGAGUUUCAAUAAUAAUGUGAUCAUGGAUGUUUGUGCAUAGAUAAAUGAACCGAUAUAGCCUGUCUGCUGGCUCUCCCUUCUGUCUCCUCUGUUAUCCCACCUCUCUCGAAUCCUCGAUUAUCCGAUUUCACCCCUCUCCCUCACUCUGAAACCCCAUCUUGCCGGAAAUGAAAAUCGAUAAUCAGGAUCCAAUAGGCUGACCUUGGCUAUGCAUCCUCAUGCAACGUGGUCCUUUUUCUUUAGAGGCUCGGGCACGUCAUUGUGUUUGCCCACCGCCAGCUUCACCGAGCACUAGCUUGGAUGCCAAUGACACCGUCAUCGAGGACGGCAAAAGGGUAAGGUGGUAUAGAACUUCGAUCACUGCGUGUGCGAGGUAUUGUUGUCUUCAGCAGUGAAUUGAAUACUCGUGUUUGUAUUGUAUUUUGAGAAAAUUAAGUUAUUCCCAACUUGAAUCCCAUUUUAUCAUGUUUUUAUUGUAUUUGUCGUGUUUGUUCCAAAUUUAUUGUGUGUACAAUUAUUGUAUUUGAAAUGUUUUAUUGGAUACAUUUAUUUUUUGCAACAGUACUUCAUAAAAAAUAUGAUCGAUUUUGAU